GUGGCUCUCGGGGGUUACAUGGCCGACUCGCUGUUGCAACAGGCACUUUGUACGCUCGCUCUCGUCGCUCGAGCGGCGAAAAUCUUUUACAUUUUUCACAUUUCUGGGAGAAGAAGGCUGCUCUUAACGCCCCUUUUAAAAGCGCCACAUGCCGUGUGCUCCGUGUCAGAGCCCCGGAAACACCCACGGGGGAUUUAAGCCUCAACUAAAAAUAAUAAAAUAAAAUAAAUAUCCAGCUCGAAAAACUGUUUUUUUUGGUUUUUCUUUUGGGGGACAACAUGACGACUGUAAGCGUUGCUCUUCUCUUGUCUCCAGUUGGCUCGCUCGGCGCUUGGGGGAUUUCACCGGAGGCUUUUCGGACCACCUCGACGAAAAACACCGGGGAGACUUGUUGCUUCACCACCUUGGACGUUGCUUUUUUAAAUUUCCGUCGAACUUCUGUGUCUCACCCUAGUGUGGUCCAAGCUUCAGCUUGGAGAGCCCACCACCAAAAUUGAUCCCAGCAGCUGGAGCGGCAGCGAGAGCCCUGCCGAAGACAUGGAGAGGAUGAGCGAUUCAGCAGACAAGCCGGUGGACACCGAUGCAGAAGGGGUAUGGAGUCCUGACAUCGAACAGAGCUUCCAGGAGGCCUUGGCCAUUUACCCUCCUUGUGGACGUCGGAAGAUCAUCCUGUCAGAUGAGGGGAAGAUGUAUGGUCGGAAUGAACUGAUUGCCAGAUAUAUCAAGCUUCGGACGGGGAAAACGAGGACUCGCAAGCAGGUGUCUAGUCACAUACAGGUCUUAGCAAGAAAGAAAGUUCGAGAAAUCCAAGCUGCCAUUAAGGUGUCUAGUCACAUUCAGGUUCUAGCCAGAAGAAAAUCUCGUGAGUUUCAUUCCAAGCUAAAGGUUACGAGUAUGGACCAGGCCGUGAAGGACAAAGCCCUCCAGAGCAUGGCCUCCAUGUCGUCAGCUCAGAUCGUCUCUGCCACGGCUAUUCACAACAAGCUGGGCCUGCCCGGCAUCCCGCAUCCAGCAUUCCCCGGAGCAGGGAUAUGGCAAGGGAUGAUAUCAACGAGUCAGCCAGGAUCCUCACAAGACAUCAAACCCUUCACCCAGCAAGCCUAUCCCAUCCAGCCUGCAGUCACGUCAAUUUCAAGCUACGAGCCCACAGCCGCUUCUGCUCCGACGGCACCAGCAUGGCAGGGCCGCUCUAUCGGUACAACCAAACUGCGACUGGUGGAGUUCUCUGCCUUCCUGGAGCAACAAAGAGACCCAGACUCUUACAACAAGCACCUCUUUGUGCAUAUCGGACAGACAAAUCAUUCCUACAGCGACGCCCUGCUUGAGUCUGUGGACAUUCGUCAGAUUUAUGAUAAAUUUCCUGAAAAGAAGGGAGGACUGAAGGAACUGUACGCGAAGGGCGCCCAAAAUUCCUUCUUCCUUAUAAAGUUCUGGGCCGACCUAAACUGCAACAUUCAAGACGAGAACGGAUCUUUCUACGGUGUCACCAGUCAGUACGAGAGCUCAGAGAACAUGACCAUCACAUGCUCCACUAAAGUGUGCUCUUUUGGAAAGCAGGUGGUCGAGAAGGUAGAGACUGAAUAUGCACGGUUUGAGAACGGACGCUUCGUCUACCGGAUAAGCAGAUCUCCAAUGUGCGAAUACAUGAUCAACUUCAUUCAUAAGCUGAAACACCUGCCUGAGAAGUACAUGAUGAACAGCGUGUUGGAGAACUUUACGAUCUUAUUGGUGGUGACCAACCGGGACACGCAGGAGACGCUGCUUUGUAUGGCGUGUGUAUUUGAAGUGUCGAACAGCGAACACGGUGCCCAGCAUCAUAUCUACAGACUGGUAAAAGAAUGAAUCGACCCCUCUCCUUUUCUCACAGACUCUCUGACCUCCAGACAAGUGGCAGUGCCUCUCGCUAAAAGUCACAGCGACAGCGUUUUUCGGUCGUUACCUGAAGUCUUUUCUUAUCACUGUGUUGUUUUUGUGUUGUUUGACUGCAGCGGUGAGUUGUGCUACUAGUGUUUUCUUUUUUGUUAUUCUUCGUUCCACUGCAGGAAAUCUUGAGAGAUCAUGUAGAUCUGGUAUAACUGUGGCAUCGACGUACUAAAUUUACUCUUAAUUUGGUAAAUGGAACUGUGUGUUGUCAAUUUUUUUUUGUCUGUAUAUAUGCUAUUGGCCUAUUUGUGCCAGUGGCCUCAUGUGGUCUGUGCAAUGUUUGAGUGUGUUGAUCAUGCUUGUUUUAUGUGCAAGACCUACAGCCCAUAGAGCUCCAAAGAAACUAACCUGACACUAAAUAUGCUAUGAAAUUACUGCCUUUUCUUUUUGGAAUUGUCUUAUGUUGUUGUUUUCUUUUGCUUUUUAUCAGCGAGCAGUGAAUUAUUUUCCCUGUUGAAACACACCAACACAGUCACAGCAGUUUGAUUGCACUCUAAAACAAGAUACUAAACUCACUUUGCUGCCUUUUCUCAAGGAUUUAGGAAAACAAUCCAACCUGCUAAGCAUUACCGUUCCUGUCAGAUGAUUGUAACACAUGACUGUCAAACUCUUUUUUUUUUAAAUUUUUUUAUUUUUUUAUUUUUUAUUUUAUUUUUUGUUGUUGUUGUUGGUGGCCACAUUAUUAUUAUUAUGCAGUGGACCCCCGCUAUUCACAAGGGACAGGGACAAAGUGGUUAGGGUUAGUUGACACACCCCUAAAAGUGAUUAUAAUUGCUUAUUUUAAGAGUGUAAACCAGUGGGUCUUAAACUUUUUACACCAAGUACUACCUAAAAAAACAACAACUUGACAAGUACCACCGUCAUGACCAACAUUAAAAUGCAGUAACAUAGACAGCCUAAGUGUAUAUAUAUAUAUAAUUUUAAAAAAUAGAUAUAUAAGUAUAUUUAAUUUUAUUGUAAGCCAGUAACAUUAUGCACAGUUUGAACAUUAACAUUCUGCUUUAAAGAUCCCAUAUUUUGGUUAUUUAGACCUCCAUAGAGUGACUCUCUAACAUGGACUUAGUAUAAAAGUGUCAAUUUCAUUUAAAAACAAAAACAAAAAAAAACACCUUGGUUUUGUCAUACAAGUGUCCAGAAAAGGCCGCCGUGACAGCUACUUCUGUUUGACCCAGUUUUGUAUCCCCUUUGUCCAUAUUUGGCUAAGACCGCCCCCAUUCCUCUGAUUGGUUGCCUCCGUUGAGAAGACCCACUUGUGAAAGCGCACGUGUUUGUUAUGUUGACAGCGCUGGCUCGUGAGCAGAAAGGGAAGGCCGAGAUCUUCGUUAGUGACUUAGAUAAGCUCGAGAAAUUCGAAUGAGCUGAUUUCAGGCCUCUCGGCAGAAAAACUCAGGAAUGCGUGGACGAUUUUAAUUCAUAUUUCACGUUUACUGAGCCAUAGAGACUAUAUUACAUCCCAAAUACUAGAAAAAGUUGGUUUGUUAAAAGAUGGCAUCUUGAAUAUUGCGCAAUAAAACAGUACUUAAAUCAUGAUUUCAAUAAAAUGCAUCGCGCCUAAGUUAAAUAAAAACUGUACCUUAAUAAAAGUUUAAACACAGACACUUCUUAAAGAUUAAAUGCAAGUGUAUUGUACUCAAAAGUUAAAUACAACUGAAAUGCACUCCGCCUGUUAUUCUUCCGCAUACCUCCAGAGGGAGCCCACGUACCACUAGUGGUACUUGCGCCAUACUUUGAGAAUCAAUCGUUUAACCAAUAAAUAUACCACAAACUAUUUCAAAUCUUAAAACAUCUUCAACAUUGCUGUAUCCUUAAAAAUACAGCACAGUUAACAAAAACAAAAAUACAAGGAGGUGAAUUUGCGAAUACCCAUCAGCGAAUAUGCGGGGGUCCACUGUGCAUAAUCCCCCCCAUUGAAUUAUUACAUACACACAACAAAUUGAUGGAUAGUUUCAAAUUCAGAAGUCAAGGAAAAUGGUUUGUUCAACAAUUUU